AUGUCUUAAAAUUUUUAUUAAAUAAAUAUCCAUAACAUGAACAAUGUCUAAAACUAUAAUGCAAUCAAUGAAUCAAGCGAUCCUUUAUAAUAUAUAGUCUAUCCUUCGAGAUAGGAUCAUAUUGUUUCGCCUUAAAAUACAAAAAUGGAUGAUAAAGAGUAAGUUAAAGUUAAUUAUUUUAAGAGAAAAAGCUCAAGCAUUACUAAAUCACCAGACGCAAGCAGCCAAUAAAAUACAAGAUGGACAUCUAAGUAAUUUUAAGAUGAUUUCCUUUCUGAAGAUUAGAGUGAUGAAGAAAAAGCAGAAGUGAGAUCUAAAGACUCGCACUUUAAGAAAAAGAUAAAUUUUCAAAGGAAAUUAUCCAUUGAAAAAAUGAAAAGUAGCCCUGAAAAUCAUGAAAAAAGGAGCUUAUGUUCAUAAGAAGUUGAAGACGAAGAAAUUUUUGACAAAGGUAAUUAAGAUGAUAAUGAUUUAAGCAGUAUAGAAGCUGAAGAUGGUUUUGAAUUUUAAAAUGAAGAAAGCCUUUAAAACAAACUGAAAGAAGUUCCUACUUGCAAAAUGAUUCCUUGCAAUAAUUAGGAUAAUGAUAGACAAAUUAAAAGUCUACGAGAGCUACCAUCGCAAACUCUUUAAAAAUAAAAUUUCCUUCUUGGAGAAAAAAUACCCAAUUAUUUUGGGGGUUAUGAUAUGAUGGAAGAUGGAUUUGACGAAAUAGAUGAAAAAGCUGACAUCAGCAAAGACAGUAUCCUAAAUCAUAGAAAAAAAUUAUAAGUAAAUCCAAUAUUUCACUGUGAUGAAGUUAGAUUAAGAUUUAGAGUAGAUUCUUAUAACACAGGUGAUGAAAACAUUUAUUGCUAAGAAAACGAUGACAUAAUAGUGAAAAACAUAGAAUAAUUAAAAAAAAAUCAUUAAAAAUUAAAAGAAAAUAAGUUAAAAGACAAGGCAUAAUAUCAUAAAUCCUGUAUCAAUUUAUGA